AUGGAGGCGGGGACGGCGAAAGCGGCGGCCGUGAUGGAGCCAGCGGACGCGACGGUCGUGAUGGAGCCGGCGGACGCGGCGGUCGUGGCGGAGCUGGUGGAUGCGGCGGCCGAGGCGGGGACGGUGGAAGCGGCAGCCGAGGCGGGAAUGGCGGGAGCACCGAACUCGCCGGGACCGGCGGACGUGGCGGCCGAGAGGGCGCCAGCAGACGCGGCGGCCGAGGAGGCCCGCGGGGAACCCCGCACCCAACCGGCGCCCGGCCAGCCUGCUGACCCCCUCCCGAUCGCGAUCGAGAGCGUCCGGGUGGCGGUCGAGCGACUGGGCGCGGCGGUGGACGUGGAGAUGGCGCAGCUCGAGGCGGAGCGUGCCAGGCUGGACACGGAGAGAGCGCAGCUCACGACUGCUUGGCGCGCCUUCGAGGCUCGGCUCGUCGCGGCGCGCGCCGCCAACGAGGAAGAACAAAGCGCCGUGGAGGAGGCCCGUGCGGCGGUCGCGCGGCAGCAGAAGCUUUUGGAGGAUACCCGCACGGAGAUCGCGCAGGAGCGGGAAGUUUUGGAGAGCGCACACGCAGAAGUUGCGCGGAAGCGAGAAGACGUCGCCCGCCUGGCUGAGGGAUCGCGGCAGAAAGCUGCCGUGGCCCUCGCCAGGGAGAGGCAGAUAUAUGUCUGA